AUGCAGCCCCUACUACCCAGGAACCACAACUCGCUGUUCCGCGAAGCGCACGGACGCGAUGCCGGCCGAGCUGCCGCUGAUGGAGGGGAUGCCGCCGCCGGACGUGCCGCGGAGGGAGGCGUCGCCGAUGCUGAGGAAGGCAUCGUUGACGAAGACGAGGUGGAGCGCCUGGCCAGCUGGCUAAGCUUGUUCCGCAUGCUCGUCAUCUUCCUGCCCCUGUUCGCGCUCUGCAUGCCGAGCCUGCUCGGCGACUGGGAGCGCGCGCGUCGCAACGAGACCUCCCUCGCUUCCCGGCGGUUCAUGGGCUUCAUCACGCCUCCCGGAGCGUCAUAUCGCCGACAGUCGGUCCGCACCACGUGCCGUAGCCGAGCAUGCAUCGUGGCCGCCUCGAGCAUCUCUCUCGACCCUACGGCCAACCCGUGCGACGACCUGUUCGGUCACGUCUGCAACAACUGGAUCAGGGACCAUCGCCUCAGCCGGAAUGCGGAAACUUGGGAGGUGAAUCGUGACCGGCGCACGGUGGACCACUUACACCAGGAAGCGCUGACUGAAGACCUGCACAAGAUUCUGGCGGCCAGGGCCGACGGGCGCUGGUUGCCCGUGGCGUUGCACCGUCUCUACAGCAAGUGCCUCAAGCCGGGACUCAAGGACGCUGCCGAGCUUCGUACUAAGCUGCUUGACAGUGCUGGUCUCUUGUCUUGGCCAUACAGCGCACGGGACAAGGCCCACGCCAAGGACAUCUCCAAGGCGGUGGGCAACGCCUACUACUUCACGAACGAGCCGGCACUUCUGCGCAUGGGUGUGGGCGCCGACGGUCGUGCUUUUCUGGCCGAGCCUCGGCUGCUCGUGGACGCUCUGACGGUGGGUCCCCGCGAGGUGGCGCAGGCUGCCACUGCGGUCUUCUUGUCGGCCGGAGGGCAGCUGCCGGUGCCCGAAUACGUCAACAAGGUGGAGGAGCUCCUGGACAAGGCGCGAAGGGGCGACGACCCAGCACCGUGGAAUACCACGCUGCGCCUUCCAGAGACGAGGAAUGACACAUCCCGACCGAGCGCCGCGGGGGGACCACAGGACGCGUGGUCCUCAUGGAACCUCCGCACCAUAAUUGAGGAGGCGUUCGAAGGUCGAGAGACUCCCGACGAAGUCGUGGUUCGGGCGCCCAGCUACGUCGACGCGCUGCCGGACGCGCUCAAGCAAGUGAAAAAGCACGAGCUGCUCAACUACCUGGGUCUGCGCACGGCCCUCCUGGCAUCCCGCCUGCUGCCAGCCGGUCCAGAGAAGCAGCUCCUCUGCCGGCUCAUUGACGUCGAUGACACGGCGCCAGCCCGAAACGCCACUGAACAUUGCAUUCGCCUGAUGGCGAAAUACGAGCCGGAGUUGGCGCUUUACGCGCUGACGGCCUUGUCUCCGCUGGUGACCGGCGUGGACACUGAAUCCCUGUUGGGCUUCCUGCGGCGCCAGCUGUCCAGCGAGAUUCGUGCCGGUGCGCUGGACUUAGACGACCCGACGCUUGCGGAUCAUCUUGCCGACCGUAUCUACUCCAUGCCGUGGAUCGGACCUGCGCCGAGUUGGCUGCGGAACGUCACUUUACGCGAGGCAUACUUCAUGAGGUUCUACGAAGGCAAAGCGGCGCCCGUUGGGUCCGCGGAUACGUCGCAGGCCAUGUUCGCCUGGAUGCAAGAGAAGGCAGUCAGCGAGCACCUGGCGACGAACGGGCCGCACAGGACCACCGGCGACCAGCCUUGGCGGCCCGGCCUACUCUCAACGCGCUGCAUGCUCGCGCUGCGCGAAGGAGAGGCCGCCGACAGCGAUGGCGUGCCGCGGCCUGAAGCCACGCUACAGGUGCCACCGGCUGCAUUGGACUUACUCUGGGGCACACAUCCGUCGACAGCCAUGCUACAGGUGGCACGCAUCGGCGUGCGUGCGUUCAAGGCAGUGCUGGAGUAUCUGUUCCGCUGGCAGCAACGGCAGCACACCGACGCCACGGGGCCGCACGUACUCGACAACUGCACCCCGUGGGACGCGGCCCCGCGCCAGCUGGACAUUGCUCUCGAGUCCAGGGCGCUGUCCCUGGCGCUACGUGCUUACCUGGCGUGGCCAGGAGCCCCGGAGCUCGUGCUGCCGACGCUGCUGCAUCUGGAACCCGAACAGCUCUUCUACGUCUUCUACGCGCUCAACCAGUGCGAGGUCAAUGGGCCGGACGUGGAGCAGACUCUCGCUUCCAGGAGCAAGCCGCGCGACGACGGGGCCCGAGCCGGCCGUGCUUCCUGGGUCAACCGGGUGACGGCCAGGAACGAGGACUUCGCUAGGGCCUUCAGGUGUCCUACGCCGCUGAAGCCACCGAACCCGUUUCGCGACUGCGGCCUGGUUCCCCAUCGAGCUCCGGGGGCACGGACGGUCCGCACCUGAGCUUGCGGACUUCAACAGAAAACUUUCAGGCGCCCCCGUGGAAUCGGAGAAGCCUUCGCUUUUUACAUAAAUAUAUCACACGUUCAUUAAACUGCAAAUGUUCAGGGCUCAUUCU